GAAGCCGCAUGUGGGCCUUACAGCUGGUUACCGCUGCGGGUCGAGCCCGGGGCGGCUCACGUGAGCAGCCGCACCCCGGCGCGGCUUGGAAACUUUUUUGGCCGAUGCCAGGUGCAGGUGGACGACGGACAGCGGCUGCCGCCAAUGCAGGGCGGAGUGAAUUUCUACCUAGCGACGACAACGAGGGCGCACCAAUUGGGCGGCAAACAGAACAUACUGCUACGCCCACAACACAGACAGUUACCAUGAGGCAUCGCAGGUUGCUGAGGUUCCAUGGCCUGAAGCGCCCACGUGUCCGUCAAACGUGGAACAAGUACAACCUGUUCAACCUGCUGCGCCUACGAACGCCCCUCCUCCAGGCGAAGACCUUCUUCCAGCAAAAAUGGAUAGCCAAGUCCUUGACCCGUGGCUACCACGGCGAGCACAUCAAGGAGCAGAAGUGGGAGCGCAUGUUCAGCCGCCGCCCGCUCUCUGCCGUCAACAUGGAUCCCACCUAUAUGGCCAAGCACAAUGGCAGCGAGCAAGCUUCGGGCCGGGGCUCUGGCGUUUCCAACUUGCAAAUCCGCAACCGGGGUAACUUUCCGGGCAUGACCCCUUACAUGCAAAUGGUGUUUGCGCCGAUGGAACGUCGGCUUGAUAUCGCCAUCUUCAGAGCUCUUUUCGCCAGCAGCGCGAGACAAGCGCGGCAGUUCGUCAUUCACGGUGCAGUAACGGUCAACGGGAAGAAGAUGACACAUCCCGGUUACCUCCUCAACCCGGGUGACAUGUUCCAAGUCGACAUCGAGCGGGUUAUGACAGCAACAGGACAACCAAAGAGGCCAAACCAGAGCCAGAAGGCGCUUCCAAGCAGCGAGGGCAGCGAGGAGCCCGCCGAAGACGGGGGCGGAGCCGAGGCCGAAGGGACCGCCGCCGAAGCCACGGAAGGAGCUGCGGAAGGCGUGGACGUAGAAGCCGCCAAAAAGAAGCACCUGAAGACGCUCUCGGAAAUCAAAGAGCGCGCCAAGAAGAUCCUGGCCGUUGGGGACAAGCGCAUCCAGGCCAAGCACAAGAAAGAGCUCCGCAAGUUCCUCCGGCAAGUCAAGGCCUCCAUGGACAGCACGCGGAAGCAGUCCAUAUCCGAGAUGAGCGGCGUCGAGGAAGAGCUGAGCAGUCUCCUCUCGGAUCUGUCGCUCACGCCCGCCGAGCGCAAGGCCAAGGCCGAGGCCGAGCAAGAACAAGAAGAAUCCGCCAAGUCGUCCUCCGACAAGCCUCGGCUCAAUGAGAAGCAGCGCGCCGUCCUCGCGGAGCUGAUCGCCCGCGAGGCUGAGAACCCUCACGACCCGUCCAAGCCAUACGCCACGCCCUGGAGGCCGCGCGACUGGAUGUCCCCGUUUGCCUUCAUCCCACGCUAUCUCGAGGUGAACCAGCGCAUUUGUGCCGCCGUCUACCUCCGGCACCCGGUCGCGCGCCCGGGGCGGUCCGAGGUGCCCUCGCCGUUCUCGCCCACCCUUUCCCAGCUGGCGUUUAACUGGUACUUGCGGAGGAGUUAAGGCGUUGGCUAGGUGGUAUGGCGUAGUAGUCGGGGCUGUCGCCAUGUAGAAGAUGCCAUGGCUGGGAAGGAGGACUUGAUGUUGGCCCAUGGAGGAGAGACAUACUCGUCUCGAAGACUUAACGAAAUGUAUAGAGGACAUGUAUGAAUGUGUAUACCGUGAUGCAAGCUGCUUGCUCGCUAGAUUCGGGUGGCACGGCAGGUUAGGCAUGCAUGUAUACUACUUGUAGAUGGGGGUUCUUGUACAUUAUGGUGUCAUUUUUCUUCAUUCGAUUGAGGGAACAUCCCGGCUUGAUCUGACUCCAUGGGUCAACGUAUCGUUGCGCCUCCUUAAGAUAGUGAUACGAAUAUGAAGUUGGGAAACUAGAUCUACUACAUUUGAACCUUCUUGUGAUCACGAAUAUGUUCACUACAGUCACUGGUCGUGCAAGUUGCAACUCACCGACUGAUAGAGA